AUGCAAGCAGCAUCUCUGUCGGCGAGCGCCAGCAGCGGGUCGCUAGCACCCCCCCCAGGACUGCCGCGCAGCAGCUCCACGGCCGAGCUGGUCGCGCUCGGCUUCGACCCGUCCGGGGUAAUGGACGGCGGCAACGACCUCAACAGCAGUGACGGCGGGGGCGGGGGGGCAGGGUACGACCCUCGCCCACCAGCCAUGAGCGGGAGCGGGAGCGGCGGCGGCGGCGGCGGCGGCGGCGGCGUGGGAGGCGGCCUUGACGCCGGAGACAUGGGUGGAAAAGAUGACGGCACCGGUGGUACUGGGACAGGAUCGGCGGGAGGCAUGGGGCUUGGGCUGAGGAACCACUCGCUCACCAACCUGGCCAACAUGGUGCGAUCGCAGUCGGUGUCCUCUUUCCACUCAGAAAUAUUCGCUUCGGGCGGCAAGCCGGUGAGGUCGACCGCUAUCGAUUCCCCGGCGUGGGGGUCAUACCCUGCUAACCUCGACAAAAUGGGUAGCGGCGGCGGCGGCGGCGGCGGCGGCGGCGGCGGGGAGGACAUGUUCACGGUCUCCCCGUCCAUGGGCCCACGAGGCGCAGGCCGUGGCACGCUGCCGAUGCGCCCUCCUACGGGCGGCGGGGAUCGAGGAGGAGUUGGGGGUGGGGGUGGGGGUGGGGGUGGUGAUGUUGGCGGCGGGGCCGGUGCCGGUGCCGACCUGUCCCCCCAGCAGUUCGCGGGAAGGGGCACCGCGGCUAGGAGAGAGGUGGUGGACCGAGGGAUGUCGGCGGGGUCGGCGGCCGGUUCCACGAGGACGUCCCAGCGGCGACCAAUGGGAGGAGGGAGUUCCUUUGAUCCAAGGGGCAUGGUUCCUUCCGGUCCUGGCAGGAGCGGGGCCCCUCCGAGCGGGCGGGCCAUGGUGCACAACCGGUCGGACACCGACCUCGUGGCUUCGUUCUCGCGGCUUGGGUUCGGCCAGGGCGGGGUGUCCCGCUGGAGUCCUCUCAUGUCUCCCACCGCUAGCCCGCUAGUGGGCGCGCCGCUGCUGGAGGAGGACCCCUUGGACCUGGAACUCGAGGAGAACGCAUCCCGCGGUGCUGGUGCUGGUGCUGGAGGCGCCGCGGUAGACACGUUUGGCGCACCGUCCUCUUUCCUGACGUCUCACGGAAGGAGGGGUCUGAUGGACGGUCACGGUGCUUCCGGCGAAGCGCCUGGUAUGGAGGUAGCGGCGGCGGUGGAUAUGGCAUGGAAGACUUGGUACACGGAGCCUUGGAGCACCUCACGGCCGGGGACAGCGCUACGGGGGGCGCAGCCCCUGGAGUAG